CUGUUGCGGCAAAUCGCCCGUCACCCCGCCUUCUCUCAUUAGUACCAGGUGAAAUGAAUAGCGCAAUCUGUUGCGCGUGCCUGGGCUGUAUAAAGCAGCGCACUGUUGUAAUUAUUGGUAUGCACCGGGAAUUGACGCUACGGCAGAGAGCAGUGGUGACUCAAAGAAAAAUGAGUAUUAGAGCUUGAUAUCAAACACUGUGCGGGAGCGGGUACUCACCAAAGAACUCUGAAGUGACAGCCGGUUUUUCACCUACAUAGCUUAAUGCUAUAAAUAAAUGGAUGAAAGAAAUUCACAAGGCCUAAUCAUUGAGUGGAAUCCAGUUUAAUUCUUCAAAUAGUGAGACCUAUCAUCUUCAAGUGGGGGAAAGCGCACAGUUAAACAAAACACUUGACAGUGAAAAACCGCGACCAGGAUUGGAGGAUUUCGCCUGGAAGAAGGAAGGUAAACUGCUGUGGUGUCAUCCCAAAGUGUGCAUCAUUAUUCCGCUGUUCCAACUAGAGGGUAUGGCAGAGGUAAAGCCAUUGGAGCAGCUUAAAGCUGAAAGAACCAGUGCAAAAAGACUCUUCUCUCGGCUCGUCAAUUCCAUUUUAAGAACCCAUAUGGACAUGGAUGAGGAAGAGCUCAGAGAAAGCCUCAACAACCUUUCACUUCAAGCCACAAAAGUCAUGGAGGCAAAUGAGGAUGUGGAGGCUGCUUUCAUCAUGGAAGGUGGGGCUGAGUUGGAUGCAGAGGAUGUGCCAGCAUUAAGUUCACAACAAAAGGCUGACCUAGAGAAGACUGCAAGAGAAUGUGAUCAGAAACUGAAGGAGUGCAAAGAUCUAAUUCUGAAGACUCUCUGGACCAGUUUUGGGAAUUCCCAAAUGUCCCUGGCUUUCCAAGUGGCAGAGGCGGAAUGUGACCGGGUCUUUUCUGUUCAACCUUGUGCGAACCUGGAAGCAUAUGAUUUCAUGUUGAGCCACCUGGGAGGACUGGUUAAAGCUGCAAGAGAAGCGCACAUCCGGUGGAAUCGUUGGACCCCUUCUGCUGAGCAAAAAGACUUUAACAGCCGUCUGAGGGAGCUUGAGAUUUGUCUCCCCAAGCUGGUUUCCAAAAAAUCUGAAUUUAUUCAAGCAAAAUUCAAGCAGGAUUCUGUUAGAGAAGCAGGUAUAGCCUACAGUUCUCCAAGGCCAGCAAUCAAGUUGAAACCUACUUCACUUCCCAUGUUUGCUGGAAGCAAACGUGAUUUUCACCGUUGGAGGAAGGAGUGGGAAGCUCUGCAGAGGCAAGGCGAACCAACUGGGUCAAAAGAGGUGAAGAAAUUUCAGCUGCUGGAUAGUCUUGAUGAUAAAGUGGCAAGAGAGUUUCGACUGAAAGCUUAUAGUUCAGCAGAAGAGAUAUUCCGUGUCCUGGAGAAUCGCUUUGGGAAUAGAGCUGCUAUUGCCCUCGAAAUUGUGGAAGAGUUGCAAGCAAUGCCACCAGCAAAAGGUCACCAAGCCAGGAAAAUAGUGGAGCUGAUUCAAACGGUUGAAAAGGCCCUGUAUGACCUAAGUGAGCUUGGAGACACCGGUGCCAUGAAGAAUCCCUUGGUGACAAAAUCCAUUGAAAGCAAACUCCCGGAGUCACUAAAGAAGGAAUGGCUGGUUUAUAUUGCUGGUGAGAAAAAUGCUGUUGCACCGCACACUCGUUUUGACAAGCUCCUUGAAUUUCUCAAAGGGCAAGAGGAAAUAUAUGAGCAGCUGGAGCAGUUAAGAGAAGAUGAACCGAGUAGGAAGGAGACCAGGUCUGACCUGAGGCAUGCGAAGACAAGAGCCACCAAAGCGAGCAGUGACCCAGUAGGUUGUAUUGUCUGUGGAGACAGUAAACACAAGAAGAAGCUGUAUUUCUGCAGGAAGUUUAAGACCCUAAAACCUUCAGAGAGAAAGGAUGUGGUAAGGAGGCUCGGAGCAUGCAACAGGUGUCUGGAAAUCCAUGAUCGUGGCGCAUACUGCAAGACCACUUACCUGUGCAGAAAUGUGGAAUGCAAAGACCAACAAACCCCGAGCACCAUUAUUACCUGUGUUCAUAUGCUGAAAUUAAAAGUAACCCCCAGAGAAGAACAAAGUCUGGCUUGGUGGGAGGCGGAAAGUGCACCGAGUCUCAGGAGGAGUUCCUCUCCAAGCUGUUACCUGAAUUGGCUCAGCAGUGUCGAGAUGCAUUCUGCAAUUCAGCAUCCAGGACCUUCAACUCUGUGGCAAGUGAGGAGGGGCUACUAGCAGAAAGUGGUUUGCAUGAAUUUCCUGUCAUCAUGAUGCUAUUGGAAGUAACGGCCAAUGCUGGACAAAAAGUUGGAACAUUGAUUGACCUGGCCUCGGAUACAAAUUACA